AAGGCGGGGUUCUACGGGGAAUUGCCAGUCCGGCCAGCCUGCGUUUGCAAUCCGCCGCCGUUCUGUUCAGACGACGGCAUCAAUGGCAGAGCGCAAGCGGAAAUGGGAUCAAGAGGGAAGCGCAGAGGCAGCAUCGCCGCUAGUGAAGCCAAAGAUUGAGGAAGACAUCAAGCCAACGCUCUCGCCUGCUGCAGCAGCACCUGUAGACGCAGCAGCCGCCAUCGCUGCCAAGCUAGCUGCGCAGUAUGACAGAGGUGCAAAGAUGGCUGCCGCUGUCAAGGUCGAAGGCAAAGAGAUCAACGAUCCAGACUUCGUGAAAGAUAUCGAAGUGAACGAUCUACGAAAUCGAUACCUGCUCACCCGAGGCUCGACACAGCACGAGAUCCAAGAUGCAACGGGCGCAUCCGUCACGACCAAAGGCCAGUGGUACCCCGACAAGUCGAUGGCAACAGACAAGGAUCCCCCGCUCUACUUGCAUAUCACCGCCAACAGCCAAGAGGAAUUGGACAAGGCCGUCGCGCGCGUGCAAGAGUUGAUCGAUCAGGAUCUGGGGCCACUCACCGAACGACCCGGCUUCAGAGACAGAGAUCGCGAGCGAAGACGGUGGCCAGAGGCGAAGAUUGAGAUCGGUCUCGAGACCCUUCGCAACUUCAACGUCCGCGCAAAGAUUGUCGGCCCAGGCGGCUUGUUCGUCAAAUUCAUCCAGGCAGAGACAAACGCAAAGGUCCAGAUCAAAGGUCUCGGAUCGGGUUUCGUCGAGCAAGAUACGAAUGUCGAGUCUCAAGAGCCCAUGCAUAUCGCCAUUGCAGGGCCAGACGAGCGUCAAGUUGCUCGCGCCAAAGAGCUUGCAGAAGACCUGCUCACGGUCGUCAAGGAAGAAUGGAACAAGAGCAAGGCCGUGCUCGAUCAGUACAUGCAUCAGCAACAAGCGCAAUACAACAACCCGGUCUAUCAAUACCCAGGACAAUAUGCCGCCUACGCUCAGCAAGGCUACCAGCCUCCGUUGCCAGCUGGAGAAGCACCCGCCCCUCCGUCCGGUGCCGCCCCACCGCCGCCGCCCAGCGAUCCUUCCGCUGGGCUCAAUGGUCAGCCGGCCCAGCCGGGUGAUGCCGCCGGCCAGGCCGAGUACGCUGCAUAUUGGCAGCAAAUCCAGUCGAAUCCUCAGUGGGCUGCCUACUAUCAGCAGUAUGCCAUCUCGACUGUCCGCGCGUAGCCUGUGCUGACGGUGACGAGUAGAUACUACGCACAAGCGCAGGCGCAAGCUGGCCAACAAGCCACCCCGGGUUACAGCCCCGCCCAACCCCAGCAACAG